GACCUUUCACCCGCGACCAGCGGUCCCGGGCGGCAGCACAAGGCGGAAACCAUGGCGGAGGCGGCGGCUGCAGCAGGCGAAACGGGUUCGGGCUCUGGCUCUGCAGCGCACGGGGACCAGGAGCGGGACCGACACCGCGCCGAACGGAGGCUGCGGGUUCUCUCAGGCCAUCUGCUGGGCCGGCCCCGGGAAGCUUUGGGUACCAAUGAAUGCAAAGCUCGGAGAGCCGCUUCCGCGCCCACAGCGGCGCCCACGGCUACUCCCGCCGCGCAGGAGUCUGGCAUCAUCCCCAAAAAGCGGCAAGAAGUUAUGAAAUGGAAUGGAUGGGGAUACAGUGAUUCCAAGUUCAUCUUCAAUAAGAAGGGCCACGCUGAGUUGACCGGGAAAAGGUACUCUCUUAGUGGCGUGCCUUUACCAACUUUUAAAGAUUGGAUCCAAAAGAACCUUGGAGUAAGUUUGGAGCAUAAAACUACCUCUAAAGCCUCCUUAAAUCCUAGUGAUACACCUCCUUCUAUUGUAAAUGAAGAUUUUCUUCAUGACCUUAAAAAAACUAAUAUUUCAUAUUCACAAGAAGCAGAUGAUCGAGUAUUUAGAGCUCAUGGUCAUUGUCUUCAAGAGAUAUUUUUGCUCAGGGAAGGAAUGUUUCAGCGAAUUCCUGAUAUUGUUUUAUGGCCAACAUGUCAUGAUGAUGUAGUUAAGAUUGUGACUCUAGCGUGCAAAUAUAACCUUUGUAUCAUACCAAUUGGUGGAGGAACAAGUGUUUCAUAUGGCUUGAUGUGUCCUGCAGAUGAGACAAGAACAAUUAUUUCUUUGGAUACUUCACAAAUGAACCGAAUCCUAUGGGUUGAUGAAAACAAUCUGACAGCUCACGUAGAGGCUGGCAUAACUGGACAAGAGUUGGAAAGACAGCUUAAAGAAAGUGGUUAUUGUACAGGUCAUGAACCAGAUUCCCUGGAAUUCAGCACUGUGGGAGGAUGGGUAUCUACUCGGGCAUCAGGCAUGAAGAAGAAUAUCUAUGGCAAUAUUGAGGAUCUGGUGAUUCAUAUAAAAAUGGUAACACCUAGAGGUAUAAUAGAAAAAAGCAGUCAAGGACCUCGUAUGUCAACAGGCCCUGAUAUCCAUCACUUCAUCAUGGGAUCUGAAGGAACUCUUGGUGUGAUAACAGAAGCAACAAUAAAAAUAAGACCAAUCCCUGAAUACCAAAAGUAUGGCUCAGUAGCUUUCCCUAAUUUUGAACAAGGAGUAGCCUGUUUAAGAGAAAUUGCAAAACAGAGAUGUGCUCCUGCAUCUAUUCGCCUCAUGGACAACCACCAGUUUCAUUUUGGUCAUGCUCUUAAACCUCAGGUUUCCUCUAUUUUUACAUCAUUUUUGGAUGGAUUGAAAAAGUUUUAUAUUACAAAGUUUAAAGGAUUUGAUCCCAAUCAGCUAAGUGUAGCUACGUUACUGUUUGAGGGGGACCGUGAGAAGGUUCUUCAACAUGAAAAGCAAGUUUAUGACAUUGCUGCAAAAUUUGGGGGGUUGGCAGUUGGUGAGGAUAAUGGACAGAGAGGUUAUUUGUUAACCUAUAUCAUUGCAUACAUUCGAGACUUGGGUUUAGAAUACUAUGUAAUAGGAGAAUCCUUUGAGACUUCUGCUCCUUGGGACAGGGUUGUAGAUCUCUGUAGAAAUGUAAAAGAAAGAAUAAGAAGGGAAUGCAAAGAGAGGGGCGUUCAGUUUGUGCCUCUUUCUACAUGCAGGGUGACGCAGACUUACGAUGCAGGUGCAUGUAUCUACUUCUAUUUUGCCUUUAACUACAGGGGAAUUAGUGACCCACUGACUGUGUUUGAACAAACUGAGGCAGCUGCUAGAGAAGAAAUCCUCGCUAAUGGUGGGAGCCUGUCACAUCACCAUGGAGUGGGCAAGUUACGGAAGCAGUGGCUAAAGGAAAGUAUCUCUGAUGUCGGCUUUGGGAUGCUGAAGUCUGUCAAGGAAUAUGUGGACCCCAAUAACAUCUUUGGAAACAGAAAUCUUUUAUAAAUUCAUUACUAUAGUUAUAAAAAUGUCACUUUUUUUUUAAGUCUUCAGCUGUGGUUAUACCAGUAAUCAAAUAUAUCAUGGACUGUAUUUUGGCUACAUUUGUUUGUUGGUUUAAAACAAGUUUGUUUUCAUUCUGUAGUUUGUUUUUUGUUUCUACAGCUAUGGAUUGACGGAAGGUAUUUCUAAAUCUCUAAUUGUAGGUGCAUCAGUUUACAGCCAAUUGGUUGUCAUUGCAAGUUUUAGUCAAGGCCCCACACGGCUGCCAGUUGUUAUUUAGGGGGAAGAUGCUGCCAGCUAUUAUGUAUUGAAACUUCCUUUUGGAGAACAAAGGCAGAUUUUGGUGUCAUUUGUUGCUUACCUAUACCCUUUAUAAAAGAACGUUUCUGGGAAGCAGAUCUCCAGGGAAAGAUUCCACUGAAGAGUCAUAUACAUGUACGUUUUUUUUUUUAAGAGUACAUUAUAGUAUGAUAGGCGGUAGACCAUUAAGGGAGGAUGUUCUUGAAAAAAAAUAUAGGCCACCUAUUAUUUAGGACGUUUUCAGUUCUGUAAGGUGCUUGGCCUGCAUUUUACUUUGUAAUUAGUAUACUGAAAUAAUACCUUAAAUCGUCUGUAUACAAAUUAUACUUUUAGAGGAUAUGUUUUUGUUCUCCAUGUUUCUGUUUCUACUGUAUUUGUAUCACUGAGGUAAACUGUUGUUAAAUCUAGUUCAUUCCUAAUGUUUUUUAAGAAGAGCUGACUUACCAUUCAUUGUACGUGAAGAACAGGUUUACCGUGAAAUGAAUGCCUUUAUUCAUCUUAGAAUCCUGAUGUUUUUGGCUUCACUUUCAUGUUGCUGAGAUGCAGAAGAAAAAGCUACAACAGGAGCAGCAGAAAAGACUCAUUACGUUUAAUAUCUCCAGUUGAAAGAGUUGUCAGGCUAAACAAAUGCAGUCAUAAUUCAGCUAUUGAAUUUGAAAGCCUCAACAGUAUCAAUGGCAAAAGUCUUAUUUAAAAAAAAAAAUCCAAAUGGCAUGCUAAAUUUUCAUUCUGAAACUAAACUUUCAAUUUAGUUUUUAAUAAUGGUUUAAUGCCUUUUCUGAAUUACUGGUUUAACCUAAAUUUUAAAAUAUGUGAUAGAUUAAUGCAUAGACCAUAAUCAAAAGUUUGAAAUAUCAUAUUUCUUAAAUAAAUAGGGAGAAUAUUAAUCACAUUAGCAAACAGUUUUUACAUUCAACUCUGGAUAUUUAGAUAAGUGAAAUGAUUACUUUGAAUCACUGUCAAGGUUCAUGAUUCACAUUUUGAGAUGGGUUCUUUUCUUAAUGCAAUACCUAACUUUUGAUAAUUUUUUAAAUUAAUAUUUGAUCAGAUAAUGCAAGUCAAAAUGCAGACACUCCUUUACAAGGACACACUGUCUGUCUGUGUAGCAACAGCUCCAAAGUAUUUUUGGGCAGUUUGAUACCUUUUAUAUCUGAAGUAGCCUUAACCAGAAAAGUGAAAAUUUAAAAUUGACAAACAGUAUUUUUAAGACUUCAAAAUGAUAAAUAAUUUUUACCUAUUAAAAUUGGCCUCAAACUAAUAAGCUUAAUCUGUAAACAAAAUGAAAUUAAAUAUGAGUUUAAGAACAAAAACUAAAUAUUUAUUUAUUAGAAGCUGCCUCUUUCUUCAUUGGUGAUUUAUUUUUAAUUAUAAAAUUUCCAGCAGGUCUUUGCUUUAAAGCUCUUAAUUUUUGAAAUAGAUGGACACUUAAUGAGAAAAUUGCCUCUGGAAUUAUAAAAAGCUCAGCUUUAUAGAAUGCAUCUAUUCAUGAAGGUAAUUUCUCUAAUUGAUGAUCAAAAUGUAAAACUAAGUAAGGUACUAAUAUCUCACUGGAAGUGUAUACAUGUUUCUGAAUAAUUUUUUAAAUAAAACAUACAGAUUCAUAAGCAGAUCCAUUCCCUUGCAUGUGAUUGUUAUAACAUUCUUUCCCAGGGAGUUCAGAUUUUGACAGCUUCAGAAAUCUGUAUUUGAUAUUAGGAAACUAUAAAUGUAACACAUGAAAUUGUUGGGUUUACUAUUCUACAUGAACUCUAUGGAAGCAAGUGAUCUAUGUCUUUGUUUUUCUUUUUCCAUGUAUGCAGGACUCCCCAACCUUCUUUUAUAAUUGUGACUACAUUUUGUAGUUGAAUCAUUUCUAUAAGGAUCAUUUUGAAACACACGAACAUUCAUUAGUACUGUUUCACUCUGAUUUAGUAAAUCAGAAAACCUUUACCCCACUUUCACACUCUUUCUUUUUAAAGGUGCCUCAGUAAAUAUUUAGUGUGUGGAGGACUGAGUUCAUGAAUAUGCACAGAAGAACUUAAACUUUGCCUCUUAACUCUUAAAUAUCUGAAAAUGGCUUCGUAAAAAUUAAAGCCAGGAGAACAUUAUUUAAGGCUUCUUUUUGAAUUAGUUUGUAUUAAAUAUUAAAAGUCCAUAGCCUGUUUGGUUUUCAGCACUGUGUAACACUGACUUGACUUGUAUUUCAAUAUUUUACUUAAAUUUUACAGUGUCACAUUUGGUUGGAGUUUCAGUGAGAAUGGGAACUUCCUGAUAGUGAGGAAUGGAAUUGAAUAGUAAAGACUCAGAAUGAACAAGACUUCUUGACCCCUAGAGAAACCGUUGCCUUAAUGUUUGGUGCAAUUUACAGUACAUAAGAAAAUUUAGUCUUAUAUGAAGUAACUUGGAUGUUUUUAGUUUAGAAAGGAUUGCGGAAGCCAAUGAUAAUUUUGCCCUUCAUUUUACCACAAAGAAAGAUUAAAUUGUUUCCUCUUCUGGAGAAUUUGGCCUAAACAGUGCUUACAUACCAUAGUCCAUAACUUAAAAGCUGGUAGCCUUCUAAUGUGUAUGGCUGUAUUGCUGUAUUUUGGAAAACAAAAGGACAAUGAAGGAUUCACUUCCAUUGGUAUGUAUACUGUAUCAGAUACAGAUGGCUGCAAAGAAACUUUAAAAAAAUAUAUUCUGUUGGUAACUACUAAGUCCUAGCUUGCAUUUUUGAAAAUGUAUUUCUGCUUGUUGGCCCUAGAGAUUUUCCUUUGUUAUAUUCUUUUAUAGCUACAACUCCCUAACCAUAGAUGCUUAAUCAGAGAAGCUCUGUGGUCUCAAGCUGAAAUCUCUUACCCAGGCUGUUCAAAUGGGGCUGGCUUUUAUUGAGCUACUAUUCUGUAUGAAUGUAGAACCCAAACAGUUAUUUACUACGGAUUGCUUCACAGAAUGCAUGUGCUGCUUGUGCUUGAGGUAGCCAAAAUGGAAGGCUGUGAAAAGCAUAUUUACAUUUUAAGAAACAUUGAGACAGAAGUUAAAGACAACUUUAAUAGCUUUUUGUUUACCAUUUAAUCUUUCACAAUGUUGAUUUUAAUUAGGAUGUAGUUUGUAGUGGGGAGAAAAGCCAGAAAUCGCAAGAGCUGGUUUGAGAUUGAAGAAUCUAGCAUGUGUUGCCUUUAGCUUUAUGGGUUAUGGAAGCUUGGCUUUGCUGAAGGUGCCGUGUUCCUAAAUGAACCACAUCACAGGUCAAUAUAUUCAUUUAAUUCUAAUUAAUUUCAAUUUCCUGAAAAAGAAACAACUUAUAUUUUGAUCUGGAAUCCAGAAUGUGUAACAGGUUUUCUGUUGAAAAUACAGUGUCUCAUAUGUAGGAUGUAAGUUUAAGUUACUCAGAUUUCUGCUUCCUAAGCCAAACGGUAUUUGUCUUUAGUGUGAAAUUCAACUGUAAAAACUACUUGUGAUGUUAAGAGAUUAUAGAAAUUUAUAUUAUUAAUAAAAAGGACUUGGGUCUAAGAUUUUUUCUGCUUCAAAGGGAGUGUGAAACUUUAUUCUGUUUGUAUAUGGGUUUUUCUUUCAACUUGUUUUUCAUCGUCCAUAUUUCCACUGAUUUGAAAGUGGAAAAUUAAUUUUUAUAAUUUCAUUGACAUAGCAUUAAUCACAUAGUGCAACCUAAAUAUAAUUAAAUCCCUUUGGAUUCAUAGCUAAGAAUAUUAAUUUUAGUAGGUUUUAUCAAUCACUAUUUUUAAAAUCGAUGUUAUAUUCCUAGGAGGUGUGUAGUCUCCUGUGAACCUAAAGUAUUCCCUUUUGAACCUUGGAGGAUCCACAAAGAUUGGGCAUUAUUAUGCUCUACUAACCACAACAAUUAAUUCCUUAACAAACAUGAGGAAGGACCACUGAUAUAAAGAACACUCAAGCCAAAGACCCAUCACAGAGUUAAGUAAUUUUGGUUCAAAUUAAAGAUUUCUUUUUUGACUCCCAAAGGAGAUUGUUUUAUAUCUUUUUUCCAAAAGGAAGAAAAAUAAUACAUUAUCAUUCAAAACAUUUUUCAGAGACUCUGAACUUCCAAAUCUGAGAGAGAAAGGGAAAACAAUCUAUUUUAGUGUGUAUUUCUAAGCAAUAUGUAUACAUAUUUUUAAGGCAUCUUAUUGUUGGUAGUGUUUUUGUUUUUGUUUUCAUGAAGAACAUGAGCACCCUAUAAAAUAUGUUGUUUAAUCCUUAAAGUAAUCUUGUUCAUGUAUCCAAAAGGGGCGUGAAAUGCUUGUACUGGUAUAAAGUUUCUAUAUGUAAUUACUUUUUGAGCUACUUGAAGAAUAUCCCCAAAAGCUCACAGUGCCUUCUUAGGAAUUUUUUUUUUUUUCCAUGAAACAGUCAUUAUUUAAAAUGAGUGGGAGAAGAUAGGUCUUCAAAGACAGAGGUUGCUUAGAGGUCUGAGUUUAUUCUCUUCAGGAUCAUGUCCGGCAUUAAGUAGUUUUAUGUAGAAACAUGGGUCCUCCUUCCCACAGUGUUGAUUUGGAUCUAGCAUACUAAUUGUAUGGUGGACCUAUACUUUCACACACAUCUAAUCGGUUAAUGGGAUUUAUAUGUACUUUCCAUUCCUACAUUUUCAUUCCUACUGUCCAAACGUAGUAGCCCUAAGAUGGCCUGGUGAAUGGGGCCUACUCACCCAGUCCCUGAGACAAUUGCUACAUGCUUGUGGAAGUUUGCUCACAAAGCCCCCUGAGUAGCAGAGCCUGUGAGGGGUUUCUGUUUCUUUGGUUGUGUGCCAGUCCUUUUUUGUGUGAUGGUGCCUUCAGAAUUAUAAAUAUUUCUGUUCCUCGGCAGUGAAAAAUCCUAUGAGAAAUAAGUAUAGGUUAAUUUUCUUAAUUUUUGUCCUUUCUGCUAAGCCUUUGAAAUACUUUGGCUCUGAUACUACUUGACUUGAAUAAUAACUUAUCCUGAGUCUUCCUCUAAGGCAGUACAUAUUCCUACCAGUACUGUAGUAAUCUUUUGGGAACUACAUGUGGGUAAGCACUUGUAUGUAAGUCAUUAUAUUGCUGUAACUAAUGCAUUCAAACAAUUCUUCUCUUUACAUUUAUAGUCUAAAAGUGGAUGUGUAGUGGGAAGGAAAAUUCUUGGGAGAUUCCAGCAUAGCUUUGUCAAUUCAUACUGAGCCAUACUGUUUUCUACAAGGGCUCAACGCAUAGUCUAUAUACUGUGCUUUCAGUGUAUGUUCAGAUUCUUCUUUUAUUGGUUUUCUUAGACUGUACUGUUCCAUAAGCAAAUACCCAUGUGUAAUUUUUAAGAUGUGUUGGGAAAAAAAAUAAAACAAUACCGAAACCA